AUGCCGAGUCAAUAUGACACAAUUGGCGCCCGAUACAAUAGCAUUUCGUCCCUUCCCGUGGUGAAACUAGAGGAAGCUGCUGUGGAAGCCCAUAUCGGAAAUGUGAAUCAGUUAAAGGUAUUAGAUAUUGCGUGCGGAUCAGGGCGUUAUUCACGGAAACUCAUCUCCUGGGGAGCCAGAGAGGUUGUCGGGUUAGAUAAUUCGGAAAGCAUGCUUGAUGCAGCACGUCUUGCGUCUAAAGGGGAUGAAAGAUUGAAAUUCCGCAAUAUAGACUGCAGCAAACCUUUUGAUAUGGGUCAAUUCGACCUUGUCUUUGCUUCGUGGUUUCUUAACUAUGCGGCCAAUGAAGAUGAGAUGGUAGUCAUGUGGAAAAACAUUUUUAACAGUCUCAAGCCGAGGAGAAAAUGUAUAGGAAUCACGCCGAAUCAGGACCUUCUCCACUGUGAUUUUCCAAAUGGGCCUACAUUUGGACAGACCCUUACACCAGUUGAAAAGGUGGAUGGGGGUGUGAGGAACCAAAUCGAGUUGCAUACCUCCCCCCCGAUUAUCUUUAGAAGCUAUACACUGAAGCGUGAGAUUUAUGAAAGGUCUGCUCGGAAGGCUGGACUGUGUGAUUUACAGUGGUUGCCACUUCCAGCCAUAGAAGACCCUUCUGUUCCUUAUACAGAUCUUUUAGAAUGUCCUCACAUGCAGGUGUUUGUCGUGUCUCGUUAUUGA